AUGUUUAGUGACCGCCGAUUUCAAACGGAUAGGUACUUUCCUUUCAUUGCAUACAACCAGGAGCAGAUUCGGGCAAGUACCACAGGAGGUUAUUUGCUGACGGAAAGAUCUAACUUCAAAAGUGCUGCUGCCAAGAUUUUAAGCGUAGAUAAGAGCACUCUUGACCGCUUGAUCGAAAACGGAAGGAAUGGUAUCAGACAAGAGGUGUAUACGUCGGAAGAGAAGCAGUGCCUAGAGCUGCUGAGUCUUGUUGACUAUGUAGGCGGACGUGUUCCGGGCUCGCUGACAAGAAGAAAAUAUCAGAGGAGCGAAAUAAAGUCGUUGAUCGUGGAGUAUGGCGUACCCACCUUCUUCGUAACAUUCGCUCCGGUAGACUUCAAACAUCCUGUGUGUUUGUAUUACUGCGGAGAGCCUAUAGAUUUAACAGAUAGUGCACCGGACUUACCGAGCGCUGGCAGUCGUCUGAGAGCAAUCGCUUCUAACCCGGUAGCGUGUGCGCGUUUUUUUGAUUUGAUGGUGCGAACAUUUGUUAAACAGGUUUUGCGGGUGGGGGAUGAUCGCGACAGGCCCGGUUUGUUUGGUAAGACUUCAUCGUAUUACGGGACAGUCGAG